AUGACUUCCGGUCCAGAGUCACAAGAACCCAAGGAGCUAUCGGAAAGACAAGUUAUUGCUUCAGCAUCUGAUGGUCUUCUACGCUCAGCCUCUGAGAAGAUUUCAGGAAAAAUGUCACAAGUAAAAAGAAUUGCUGUUAUCUCGUUUGAGGUCAUCGUCACUUGUGUUCCGCUUCUUUUUAUCAUUUUGGCAUUUUGCGCCAAUAGUCUAGAUGGUAAGCAAUUGUCUCAGUGGGGUGAAAAGCUGCAACAGGUAGCAAAAUAUGGGAGUACUAUAUUCCCUAUCCUUUUUGCUUCUGUGCUUGGGAUGGCUAUAAGAUCAAUCGCGAGAUGGAGAGUGGAACGGGGAACAACGCUUCGUGAACUAGAGCUGUUGAUGGGGAGCCAGACUUUGGGUAGUACAAUAAGCACUCAGAUUUCCACCCUUGGCUUUUCUAACGACUUCCUUCUCGGCUUUGGACUCCUUGUAUUUUGGCUUCUUUCUCCUAUCGCAGCACAGGCUUGUUUGAGACUGGUCGAUAUAAACCAGGUGACUACUGAGAGUACUGGUAAUAUCACCUAUUUGGAUAUGGAAACUAGCACGAUUUUCCUGACAGGAGAUGAUAAAACUGGAGUUCCGAUGUUAGAAUCAUUCAACUCUUCUAGGAUAGAAGAGGAUGGAUGGAUAUCUGUUGAUGCAUACGGCGUCGAUAAUAAUAUCUCAUACGUAUCGCUUAUCGGCAUUCCAGUUAUUGGCCUCCCAAAGUUGAACUUGAGCGAUGAAUGGACAAACAAAUCAUUAACGGUACUGAUGACUAUUUUCAGCUUGGAGACAAACUAUUUUGUAUUUGAUUGUUCAAAUAUUUCGAUAGUAGAUCCUGAAAAAAACCGGGAAGAAUAUGUCUCUAGUUAUCUUUACAACAAAACUUCGCCCUCCCCUAAUACGACCUUUUUUUUGGACACCUCCACUCCCCUCGAUAGAGUCUCGACACCGGGUCUACCACCAAGGUAUAUUACGUUUGUCUCGAAUUAUGGUGUGUUAGAAGAUGAGGACGAUACUGUUUUGUACAAAAGUGCGAUGAUCAACUGUUCUGUGACUCAGUCAUACGUUGAAUUGUGGGUUGAAUGCUAUUAUGAGCUCUGCGAGACCAGAGGAAUUCGGAAAUCUACAUUACCUCACGAACCUCCUGAAUAUACCGCUCUGGAUAACCAGGAUCAUAUGAGGUUUAUUGCGAAAGAGUUAACUUACAGAGGAGUCGAUAUUACUACUAUCAAUAUCGAGGAUCUGUGGGGUGGAACGUUGACCGAAUACUUUCUCAAUGAUCCAUCGAAAGUGGGGUCUUUCUUCGAGUAUAGACGGGAUAUAUCUCAGCUACCCAGAGAUGUUUUUACCUCUAGGUUCGCGUUAUUGUUCAACACCUAUUGGAACGCCGCGCUCUCGCCAAAUAUCUUGAUUGAUUCCAAAACCAAGAAUGACAUAGCCGAGAUCGUCGCCACAAAUCCUAAUUUUGACUACUCAGACUUAUUCAAGACUACAAACACAAACGCAACAAUCGAGUUGACCGUAGACAGGUACGUUCGAAAGGUCUGGGCAAUGGCGGUACUCAUGGCAACGAGCUGCUUGCUUCUCAUCACAGCCAUUAUCGGCACAGCCCUUAGAUGGAAGUGCGUAGGACCUAAUGUUCUAGGCUACGUUUCGACACUCUUAAUGGAGCCCGGCGGUUGCACACUUGAUGGGCCGGAGAGAACUAGGGCAUUUGCAGAUACGAAGGUGGGCCUUGUGGCUGUCAGAGACGGCGAGGGAGGACGCGUUGUAUUCUCACUCUUGCCGAAGCUCUCCGCUUAG